AUGACUGAGUUUCAUAUCAAUUUAUACGGCAGUUCGAAGAAAAUCAAAGGUUUCAGUGGUUCCUCGAUGUCCAAAGCCAAAGAUGAGUCGAACAUGGCCGAAGCGUCGAAGGCGGGCGACGCUGAAGAGAAGGAAACGCCUCGGUUUCCAGUCGGCGUCAGGACGGAUUCCAAAGACGCGUUAGUUUUGUUUCUCACUGAUAAGUACAUUAUGGUGAAGCCAGGUAGGAGGGCAGCGUCUUACCGGUUAGAGACCCUAAAAAGUCGAAAAAUCUGUUGUCUCUGAUCAAGAUCAGCUAUGAAAAUGCUAUAAACUGUAAAAAAAGAGACGAAGAUAAGGUCUUCCAAUUUUUUGAGAAAGAGACCAGACCAGUUUUAGAUUUUUAACCAAUACUUCUUCAGUAUAACUUUCUAGUCCAGAAAUUGUUUAAUUUCUUUGACCCUUUCUUCAAUCAAUUCUAUUAAGGUGGUUUCUCAUAAAACCCUCAAUUUUUUCAAUUAGGAAAGUUUUGAAGACCAUUCUCGAUAUAGAACAUUUGGAAAAUUUUGAGGUAAUACACUACUUUGCAAAAAACAACGGAAAGAGAAAACGCCUAGGGCGACGAGGGGAAACCUACCGUAUCCUCAAAAGAAAUAUCUCUUUUCGCUGUGAGACGUGUCCUUGAGAUUUCUCGCAACUUUAGUUCAUUUUUAUAAGGUUCAAUGGGAUAAAUACAUCGUUUUUAUGAUCUCAUCCUUCAUCAGAGGCCAUGAUACACUUGAUAAAUUCAGAAAUUCAUGUUUAUCGAUCAAAGUUAGCAGACUUUUCAUCCAAACGAGACGAAAGACAUAGAAUUUUUGUUCUUUCUACGGUAAUUCUCAUUGGAAAGUAUCUUAAACCAGUAUUUUUCCAUCAUUUACGAUAGUUUUUCUGCAUUUAUUUUUUUAAUUCUUCGACCAAAUUUUCAAUCAAUUAUAUUAAAGUGGUUUUUUUGAGGAAUUCUUCAGUUUUUUUCAAUUAGAGCAGUUUUGUGGACUUGUCUUUAUAUAGAAAAAUUUGAAAAAAAUUUCGAAUUAGAGCGUUCUUUUCGGAAAAAAAUACAGAAAAAAAGAAAACACAUAGCGCGGUGAUAUUGAACCUACAGUUUCCUCAAAAGAAACGUAUCUUUUCGCUGCGAAACACGACCUCGAAAUUUCUCACAACUCUCAACAUUUUUUAUAAGGUUCAAUGGGAUAAAUAUAGCGUUUUUAUGAUCUCAUACUUCAUCAGAGGCCAUGAUACACUUGAUAAAUUCAGAAAUUCAUGUUUAUCGAUUAAAAUCAGCAGACUUCUUGUCCAAACAAGGUGAAAUAUUUGAAUUUUUAUAUCUUUCCACAAUAACUUGUUUUGCAAAGUAACUUUGAAUUAAUAUACCCUUGUUAUUGACAAUAUUUCCCAGGUCAAUAUUCUGUAAAUCCUUCGAUCAAAUUUUCAAUCAACUUUUUUAAGGUGGUUUCUCAUAAAACCCUCAAUUUUUUCAAUUAGAAAAGUUUUGAAGACCAUUCUCGAUAUAGAACAUUUGGAAAAUUUUGAGGUAAUACACUACUUUGCAAAAACAACUGAAAGAGAAAACUCCUGGGGCGACGAGGGGAAACCUACCGUAUCCUCAAAGGAAAUAUCUCUUUUCGCUGCGAAACAUGUCCUUGAGAUUUCUCGCAACUUUAGUUCAUUUUUAUAAGGUUCAAUGGGAUAAAUACAGGGUUUUUAUGAUCUCAUCCUUCAUCAGAGGCCAUGAUACACUUGAUAAAUUCAGAAAUUCAUGUUUAUCGAUCAAAGUUAGCAGACUUUUCAUCCAAACAAGGCGAAAUAUUUGAAUUUUUAUAUCUUUCGACGGUAAUUUCUAUUGGAAAGUAUUUAAAAACCAAUACUUUAUCAUCAUUUACUAUAGUUUUUUUGCAUAUAUUUUUUAAAUUCUUUGACCAACUUUUCAAUCAAUUAUAUUAAAAUGGUUUCUGAGGAAUUCAUCAGUUUUUUCAAUUAGAGAGGUUCUGUGGACUUGUCUUUAUAUAGAAAAUUUGAAAAAUUUCGAAUUGAAACAUUCUUUCCGAAAAGCUAUAGAAAAAGAAAACGCCUAGGGCUGCGUUGUGAAACCUACAGUAUCCUCAAAAGAAACGUCUCUUUUCGCUGCGGAACGCGACCUCGAAGUUUCUUGCAACAGAAUUUAGUUUUUAUAAGGUCGAUUCGAGAUAUUCCAUGAUAUUUUUUUGAGAUAUUUUUAAUAGUUGAAGCCUUCGCGUGUCAGAUUCAUUCAAAAACCUGGUCAUUUUAACAUUUUUUUUUAGAAAUAUGUGCAAAAAACGGGAAAAGUUGAUAAAAUGAAAUAUCAUCUCAACAAAAAGCUUCAGGGUAUGGCUCUAAUCAUUCCUGCUUAAAAAUCAUAUCUCUUUAAAAAUUAGCGCAAGUCGUUUCUAGUCGGGCGCAGUCGUUCCACGUUUUGUCGUGCUUCUUGAAAUUCUUUAAUUUAGAAAUGGCAGAUCUGUCGUUGGAAGUACCCCUGAAAUAAGAAUCGGAAAGUACGUUUUAGUGAAGCCCAUCGGAAUUGGUAAGGCAUUUUUGAUUUUUACAAAAAAGUAACUUUUUUGAGGUGGUAAUGGCGAUGUGUACAAAGUUUGCGAGAUAGGAUCAAAUAAACCUUUGAUUUUGAAGGUUCCGGAAUAAGUCCCUUUUUGAAGAAAGGAAUUUUUUUGAGGUUCCAAAACAGACGUGUGGGGCUAAGAGUGUCAUGUUCGAAAACAUUGUGAUGGACGUAAUUGUGAGUUUAAAUUAGAAACUCCAUGAGCUUCAUAAGUGUUCAUCAGAUCAAAAAAGACCACAAGGAAGACCGGACGAUUGGAUUGGUGCGGAAGUUGGACAGCGGUCUAGUUCCGAAUAAUAUGAAGCUCGAAAAACUGGACAAAAGUGUAGUGAGUCGUGUAUUCUCUAUAUGCUGUGUUCAAAGUCAUUUCUGCGAUUUCGAAAUUAACGCGAUCUUCGUUCAAAAUAUUUUCGCGAAAUGGGCGAUAUUGGAAUCUCCUGAGAGCUAUGAGGAAAGUUGAAUCCUACAACUGUAUAUCGCGAUAUAGCGAGCGAAUUUUGAUUUUUUUUUAUUCUCUUAAAGAAAGCCUAAAUAAUUUUAAUCUGAAGUUUCGCGCGUAAAAUCCGCCGUUAAAACUGAAAAUCGCGAUAAAUCGUUGUAAGACCUGAUUUUCAUUUUUCAACAGCUUCCAAAGUCCUAGUUUUGUCUAUUUCGCGAAACCAUAAAAAAAAAAGGAAAAAGUCGCAAAUUUUGAGAUCGCCGAAAUCACCUCGAACACGGCGUUAAUUUAAUUUAAUUGAUGCGAAAAUUGAAAUAAGCGGUUCUUUUUGUGGUCAAAAUUGCGCUAUGGACAAAUUCAACAAUAUUUGAGAAAACGGUCUUUUUUCUUGAAAGAGAAACGAUAAUUUUGUGUUAUUUUUUUGAGAGAGGUCCCAAUAAAAAUUUUUUAAAAAAGUGCGAAGUUUUUUUAAAUUUUUGGAUAUAAAUCUGAAAAAAAGGCUUUGUUCUGGGAUUUCUGGACUCUAACAAGCCAUUCAAAAAAGUAGAUUCAUCGAAAUGAAAAACACAGGAAGACAUGUUCCUGGUGAUGGAGUCCCUUCCCGGCUCCAUCCUGGAUAAUCUGAAAAAGGCGAAAGAGGUCACUAAAGGGUUGAACAAGGCCAUCGACUACGGCAUCGAGAUGCUCCGGGUGAGUUUCGUCUUGGAAUUUCGGAUUUUCAAAAAAAAAAUUGAUUGUUUUAGGGCGUGUAUGACCUUCAUCAGCUCGGAAUGAUCCAUCGGGAUCUGAAGCCGGAAAACGUUGGAAUGUUUGAGGAUGUGGGGGCUUUUUUUUAUAGGAAAGGGUGCGCUAACGAUGAAUUUGAGUCAUUGGCUAGCUUUUUUUCUUGUAAAUUGAAUUUUUUUAAAUAUUAUUCAUUUAGGUGCAGUUUUUUUCACACUGAUUUUUUUAUUCUUUGGUCAGGAAGUACCGAAAAGAUCUGUGAAAAAUUAUAGAUUAUAAAAAAAUCAGAGAUUUUUGAAAAAAAUUUGAGUCGAUUCUCCAGAGUUUCCAUAUAAUCCAGGCACAUUGUCUACUUUUUUUCUUUUUUUUUUUGAGAAGUCUCACUGUGAACCGAGACAAUACCUGGUUGACUUGAAGCAUAUCUUGACGCGGAAAUCGGGAAUUGUCGGGAGCUCUUAAGUUGGUCUUUUUGAGAAGCCCUGAGACUAUCUUCUAGUUAAAGUUUAAGUGGAGAGAAGAAAUCUUCCCUAUUUCAGCGAUCCGUAGUGAUUUUUGACAUGGGAAUGGUGAGGAACUUUCUGGACCAGGAGGGAAGAAUGCGGAAACCGCGAACUCAUGUUGGAAUGCGCGGCACCGAUGAAUGGGCCUCGUACGGGGCCGAGGUUGGCGGCGAUCAGGUCGGGCUGCUCUUAGAUUAUUGAAAUUUUCAAUGGGAACAUCAAAGUUCCGCGAAAAAUGGCCUAGAGAGUUUUGCGCCCGACUAAAAGCUGCUUACGCACUGCGACAUCUCAGAUCAUAGUUUUUGAGCCAAUGUACAGAAGUUGAAGCUUCAAUCGUAAAAAAGUCGUGACCGGUUUUUGCUUCCUGAAUGUUGUCGGGAAGACCGAAAUUUCUUGAGAGUUGAGAAAAAAGUUUUUAAUUAUCUAUGCGAAUUCCUGAAAAUUUUCCUAGAAAAUUGGCUCAAGUUCCAGUUUUUCUCAGUUUUUUCCAAGCUAUUUCUGCAUUAUUUUGGGACCAGUCUCCUUUUCUUUUUGUCUUUUCUUCAACUUACCGUAACCUACAGGGACCAGUAGACGAUCUCUGGGGCUGGUUCUACACUAUGGUCGACAAUCUCAACGGUUUCACCGACAAGAAUGCCUUUCAAGUAGGACUUUCCCACAGUUCAGCUACAGUAAUCUUCAAUUUUCUGUAGGCCUGGACACCGUAUGAUGGCGGAAGGUUUGCCAAAGACAUUGCGUGUAUACGGUAGGAGAAUGGAUAUCAAUUUAUGAAAUUAAAAAGAAAAAUUUAGCCAGUUCAUGAAAUCGCCGUUUUUCCCUGCGCAAAUUGUCCUCGACAACUGCCCGUCGAGCUUCUACCGUAUCCAGGUAAUUAUGGUAGCGGAGAAUGCCUUGAAGCGCUGCGAGACCGCGACUCGUAGAGCCAUUCUCCAUGCGGUCUCGGUCCUCACGCUUCCAUUUUCAGAGUUAUCUGAGAACCCUGGGCCGUACCGACAUUCCAGACUACUUGUAUUUGGCGAGUUUACUCAAGGAUUCCAGAAUUGAUGUAUGCAGUUUCCUUUUUUUCAAAUGGUUCAAAAUGUUCAUUUCGUAGGCAAAACGUACAAUGAAACAACACGAAGCGGAUCACAUGCAAUUUUUGCAGGAACUUUAUCAAAAAGAAAAAUUAUGGUUUUAA